AUGAUCACCAACAUUAUCCUAGUUAUGCUGCUAACAUUUGCAUCAACAACCACCGAGCCCAUAAUCCCACAGCCAACAUCCGCUGGCAUCGAUGGCGAGUGGCGGUUGUUACACGAAAACAUUGGCAUAUCCCCUAUGCACAUGCAACUCCUACACAACGACAAAGUGGUCAUGUUUGAUAGGACCGACGCGGGUCCUUCGAACAUAUCACUUCCUUUUCACCGUUGUCGACAUGACCCUUUCGAUUAUAUGCUCCCUAAAGACUGCACUGCUCACUCCAUCCUCUAUGAUAUAUGGGACAACACGUUUCGUCCACUAUCGCUACGAACCGAUACAUGGUGCUCAUCCGGCGCAGUUCUAGCCGAUGGGACCUUGGUCCAGACCGGUGGGUACAAUGAUGGGGACCAUAAUGUCCGAACACUGGUUCCAUGCGACGAUGGAACCUGUGACUGGGUUGAAUCCACUGGGUACCUAACGGAACCCAGAUGGUUUUCAACCAAUCAGUUAUUACCCGAUGGACGGGUAAUUAUCGUUGGGGGGAGACUACAAUUUAGCUACGAGUUUUAUCCCACGGGUUCGAUUUCUUUCUAUAAUUCUUCUUCUUUCUUGGUAGAUUUCCUUAAGAAUACAAGUGAUGGGGUGCGCGAGAACAACUUCUACCCAUUUGUGCAUUUGUUACCCGAUGGAAACUUAUUUAUGUUUGUGAACGUUCGGUCUGUGGUGAUUGAUUACAAGCAAAACAAGGUGGUCAAGCACCUUCCACCCAUUCCGGGGGACGAUCCACGAAACUAUCCAAACUCGGGCUCAUCGGUUUUGCUUCCUUUAGACGAAAACACAUUGGUUGAACCCGAAGUGAUGGUUUGCGGCGGUGCACCACGCCACGCCUUCUUGGAUAUCAAACGGGACCAUAUAUUCGCUCGUGCGGUUCCUACGUGCGGACGGAUCAAACCGAUGGAUGAGAAUCCGAGUUGGGAGAUGGAGAGCAUGCCGAUAGCGCGGGUGAUGGGUGAUAUGGUAAUUCUACCCAAUGGCGAUGUGAUCAUCAUCAACGGUGCAGAGUCGGGUACAGCCGGAUGGAACAAUGCGCGUGACCCAGUGACCCGGCCCGUUAUUUACCACCCAAACGGGCCUCCAAACACCCGAUUUUCGGUUAUGCAACCGGGCUCUAGGCCUAGACUUUAUAACUCGGGUGCUAUUUUAGUAACCGACGGACGGGUUCUAGUAUCUGGAAGUAACCCGAACCCGUUUUAUAACUUCUCAAACGUCGAAUACCCUACGGAGCUAAGUUUGGAAGCCUUUUUACCACCUUAUUUAGCUAGAGAAAAUGAUGCCAUACGACCCGAAAUUGUGAGCUUGGAUGGUGAAGUUAUGGAGUACAAGAAACCAUUAAUUGUGACAUUUACAGUGUUGAAGUAUCUAAAGUUGUCAAGGGUAACAGUAAGGAUUAUUGCACCAUCCUUUACAACACAUUCAUUGGGAAUGAAUCAAAGAAUGGUGGUGUUAAAAGAAGUUGGAAAUGUGUCAUUUGUAAAUGGGUCGUUUAUGCAGACUUAUUACAAUAUUGAGGUGGUUGGGCCAUCAACGGCUGAGAUUGCACCACCGGGAUAUUACUUAUUUUAUGUGAUCCAUGCAGGUAUACCUAGUCCUGGCAUGUGGGUAAAACUUCAAUAAGAAAUUACCAUCAUGCCCUUUAUCUAGAGAGGUAUUCUUUCAUCUUCAUGUUUUGUCAUAGUGAAAAAGGUUCUCUAACAAGAUGAUUGUUUGGGUUUUAUAAUGUUUAAACUUAAAAGUUAAAAACAUCUCAUGAAUGUUUGUUUACCUUGGUA